CAGACUGAGCGGGUUUGAAUGUUUGAAGAAACGGAAAUAUUUAAUAUUUAUAUGCAUUUCGAAUUUAUUUCCAAUUCGGUUACAGUCUGCCACCCACAAGAGGGGAGGACGGCUGACAAAACUAAUAUUUGAAGAUACAAAGGCGAAAGAAGCUAUUGUCUUUUGUUUAUCGAGGCUCGCCGGUAUUGGUAACGCGGACGUGCGGGGUUGAAAGGACCUUUUCCCGCGAGCUAGCUGAGUUAGCUAGCUUAGUUAACCGAUCAUCUUUAACUGGUGACGGCGCUGACAAACUGACAAAAAAGUCGCUUGAUUUAAUGUGGACUAGUCUCUUGCAGGGAAACCAUGGGAUUGACUGGGAGGAAAUCGGAGAAGGGUCCGGUUUGCUGGAGGAGACGUGUGAAGUCUGAGUACAUGCGACUUCGGCAGCUCAAACGUUUUAGGAGGGCAGAUGAGGUCAAGAGCAUGUUCAGCUCCAACAGACAGAAGAUCUUGGAACGCACAGACAUAUUGAACCAAGAAUGGAAACUGAGACGGAUACAACCUGUUCACAUUAUGACACCUGUAAGCUCCUUGCGUGGGACUAGAGAGUGCACUGUUGACAGUGGCUUCUCAGAGUUUUCCAGACAAGUCAUUCCUCUAAAAACACUGAACGCUGUGGCUUCUGUGCCCGUUAUGUAUUCAUGGUCACCACUCCAGCAAAACUUUAUGGUUGAAGAUGAAACGGUAUUGCACAACAUCCCUUACAUGGGUGAUGAAAUCCUUGAUCAAGAUGGCACCUUCAUUGAAGAGCUUAUUAAAAACUAUGAUGGAAAAGUCCAUGGAGAUAGAGAGUGUGGCUUUAUAAAUGAUGAGAUCUUUGUGGAGCUAGUGAAUGCGCUCAAUCAGUACAGUGACAAUGAGGAAGAUGAUGAAGAUGAGGAUCAGCAUGAUUGUAAAUUGGAGAAGAUGGAACUCUGUGAUGGAAAAGAUGACACUGAAGACUCUCACAAUGACCAAAUUAAUUCUGAGAGUUUCAACAUUGAAAGAUCUAAAAAGUUCCCCUCUGAAAAAAUCUUUGAAGCCAUUUCUUCCAUGUUUCCUGAUAAAGGUUCACCUGAAGAACUCAAAGAAAAGUACAAAGAGCUCACUGAGCAGCAGCUCCCAGGAGCUCUUCCACCUGAAUGCACCCCCAACAUCGAUGGGCCAAAUGCUAAAUCAGUUCAGAGAGAGCAGAGUCUGCACUCCUUCCACACACUCUUCUGCAGGCGUUGCUUCAAAUACGACUGUUUCCUCCACCCUUUCCAUGCAACUCCAAACACAUACAAGCGCAAGAACAUGGAGAAUUUGGUGGACAGCAAACCAUGUGGCAAUUAUUGCUAUAUGUAUAUGGUUCAGGAUGGCAUGGUUAGGGAAUUCCCUGCAGGUGUGGUUGCAGAGCGUGCCAAGACCCCUUCCAAGCGCACAGUCGGCAGACGCAGAGGGAGACUCCCAAACAGCAAUAGUAGACCCAGCACCCCAACGUUUAACACUGAGACUAAAGACACUGACAGCGACCAAGAGGGAGGGGCAGAUGGGAAUGACUGUAAUGAUAAAGACGAAGAUGACAAAAAGGAUGAAACCACCAGCUCCUCAGAGGCAAACUCUCGCUGUCAGACUCCAGUGAAGUUGAAAUUGAGCUCAGAGCCUCCUGAAAACGUGGACUGGAGUGGAGCCGAGGCAUCUCUGUUCCGAGUGCUCAUCGGCACUUACUAUGACAACUUCUGCGCAAUUGCCAGACUCAUUGGCACAAAGACCUGCAGACAGGUUUAUGAAUUCAGGGUAAAAGAAUCCAGCAUCAUCGCACGUGCACCUGCAGUGGAUGAAAACACCCCUCAAAGGAAGAAAAAGAGGAAACACCGGUUGUGGGCCACUCAUUGUCGAAAAAUUCAACUAAAGAAAGAUGGCUCCUCCAAUCAUGUGUACAACUACCAGCCAUGUGACCACCCACGCCAACCAUGUGACAGUUCUUGCCCCUGUGUCACUGCCCAAAACUUCUGUGAGAAGUUCUGCCAGUGCAGCUCAGAAUGUCAGAACCGGUUUCCAGGUUGCCGUUGUAAGGCUCAGUGUAACACCAAGCAGUGCCCCUGUUACCUGGCCGUACGGGAGUGUGACCCUGACCUGUGCCUUACCUGUGGGGCGGCUGAACACUGGGACAGUAAAAAUGUCUCCUGCAAGAACUGUAGCAUCCAGAGAGGAGCCAAGAAGCACUUGCUACUGGCACCAUCUGAUGUGGCUGGGUGGGGCAUCUUCAUCAAAGAGCCUGUUCAGAAAAAUGAGUUCAUUUCUGAGUACUGUGGGGAGAUAAUCUCCCAGGAUGAGGCAGACCGCAGAGGCAAGGUCUAUGACAAAUACAUGUGCAGCUUCCUGUUCAACCUAAAUAACGAUUUUGUUGUUGAUGCAACUAGGAAAGGAAACAAGAUUAGGUUUGCCAACCACUCCGUGAACCCCAACUGCUAUGCAAAAGUCAUGAUGGUUAAUGGGGAUCACAGAAUUGGCAUAUUUGCCAAGAGAGCCAUACAGACUGGAGAGGAACUGUUCUUUGACUACAGAUACAGUCAAGCCGAUGCUCUAAAAUAUGUGGGCAUUGAACGUGAAAUGGAAAUUCCAUGAAGCCAUCUACCUCCUUGAAUAAUUGCCUUACAUUCUUCAGGAAUUCUCUCUCCACAUACAUCUCCAAAACAGCUUAGAAACCGGGUUUUGUUGGACAAGGGCAUUUUUUUUUUUUUUUAUUCGACCAACACGCUUACUCUGGGAUUACUUUUUGAUAGUAACUUGAACAUUCUGUCAUGUUUACAGCUGAAGCAAUCCAUUUAAUAAUGGACCAUUGUUUUGUACUCUGGAUCAUAGUACUCCCCAUUUGCUGCAAGUUAUUUUGAAAAUGCAUUCUUUACACUUUUGGACCAAUUUUUUUUUUUACAGGCUAUAUGUUUCUAACACGUUAUAACACAAACCCCAGCUUCUUUUAAAGGUUUUGUUCAUUGUGGAAACCAAAGCCACUUUCACUGUUUUUGCAUGUCAUCUCAAGAAACAAAGUGCAGAGGUAUUUAAUGCAUUUUCUUGAGUGUCAAUGCACAAUUGCUGUAAACACAAUGGUGAAUUAUGAGAGGAGAGUGUAGACUCAGUAUCAUACUAUUGUGGUGCCUUGAAAUUAAAAAAAAAACUGACUAGUUUCUUGGAUUAGAUUUCCUAUAAAGUUGUUGAACAGUGUACUCAUUGUAUGCAUGAACAAAAGUUUUAAAUGGAAUCGGGUAGAGCUUCAAUUUUAUCAUGUAUUGUUUCACAAAGUCUAGCGAGACCAUUGCAGCUCUGAACUAGACAUCACUAAAGGUAGCGAGAUUGGUUUAAGGUGCUCUUUGUCCCAUGUUAAGUGAAAAAACAUUAUUUUUCAAACUGUGGGAUGUUAUAAGAAUCAAAGCAAUAAUACCAUGCUUGACUUAAGGUCCCUAUUUAUUUUAUCAGUGUAAACCAAUUUUAUUAAUAUAAUUUAUUGAUAUUAUCUUUGCUGUGAUUAGGGAAUAUUUAGGCGUAAGUUAAUGCUUUGUUUUUCUCCACUAUUGAUAAUUCUUAUGCUUUAUUUUCUGUGGGUUUUUGACCACUCCAUCUCGAUGUUUCUGAUUACAAGGUGCUGUUUAAUUGUUUACAGGAACUUAA